AUGAAAACAGGCGAUACCACGCCAACCACCCGCCGGAUCUCAGAUACGCUCACAACCAGCCGUGCACACGGCGAAGGCUCCGGUGUGGAUGUCGGCGAGGGCUGGAGCGACGUGCAGGCGCAGAAGCAGGAGGAUAAGGGCUUGUUGCAGUCUGCGCAGGAGAUGGUUGCGAAGGCGUUGGGGGGUGGGUCGCGAGGGUCUAGCUAG